AUGGGAAUCAUCCCCGUUGUGUACUUGACAGCAUGGAUUUAUCUCUACGAGAUUGGUGGCUUGGCAAAUCGCGCGAAACUGGAAAAGAAGCCAACGGUACUGAUCCAUGUUGCUACUGGUGGUGUUGGUCAGGCUGCUAUCCAGCUGGCGCAGCGUGAGUGCGUAGAAAUCUUCAUCACAGCAGGAAGUAUCGAGAAGCGGGAUUUUCUUGAAAAGAAUAUCGGCGUGUUGCGCAUGACUCCCAAUCGCGGAGUCGACGUCGUGAUCAACAGUCUCGCCGGCGAUGCGCUUCGAGCAAGCAGGGAACUCGUUGCGCCAUCCGGAGCCUUUGCUGAGAUCGAUCUGGCUGACAAUGAAGGUGCUGGGCGACUAGCCUGGCAGCACGAACCGAUGUACAACCACACAGAUCUUCUUCGAAACGGCGCGGACAAUGUCGAUGGAUCAUCCAGAAACAGAGACUCAUGCACACGUUCGAAGCCUGAUCUCAUUGCUGCAGCAAUAUCACUGGAAGAAGUAGAGCAGAUGGUACUCAAGGCCUUGCUGGACCAACUUACUGAGACGCUCAGCUACGAUUUAGAAGAACUAGACACUGAUAGGUCACUCAAUGCGUAUGGUGUGGACUCGCUUAGUUUUGUGGAAAUCAGGCCGUGGAUGACGAAGGAAAUUGGAGCUGAUGUUUUUGUGUCCGAUAGCACGAACGGACAGUCUAUCGGGCAGCUUGCGGCAAAGGCGUCGGCGAGGUCGAGAUUUUUGCCUUUGGUGAAGAGGGUGGAAAAUGUGGCAGGGGCUUAG